UGUACUGGCGGUGGUAAUGGUUUUAGUUUCUUGCUCUGCUACAUAUUUCCCCUUUAUUUUUUUUUUUUUAAUAGUUUUGUUUUGGCAGACCCUUUUGUGCUGGAGUCGUAAUUAUCCCUGUCAGAAGGCUUAAUUACUGCUUCUGCCACAAGCUUUUCGUAUACUACCAUUCACACCCUCUAAUAUUACUUGCCGCUUCUUCUUUGUCGCUUGAUAUUUGCAUUUGCUGCUGCUUCACGCACUACUUCUGCUACUUUUUAUCACCCCCUUUCUUCUUCUUCUUCUUCUUCUUUUUCUUCUUCUUCUUCUUCUUUCAACUGCUCUCUUUGUUUCCGGCUCAUGCAUUUGUUCCUCAUGUGGUUGGGUACUUGGGGUGAUUAAGAAUCCAUCGCGUUUUUGUCGCCGGUUGGUGACUCGACCAUGGCUGUUCCCCCUGGUGGUGGGUCUGGGGUGCCGUCGUUGCCGCCGCCUUGCCCGAAAUCCCCGCCGGAGUAUCCUGAUUUGUAUGGAAAGCGAAGGGGAAUGGCGAAGGUUCAGCUGCUAGAGAGAGAAAUUGGUUUUCUCGAGGAGGAAGUAAAAUCUGUCCAAGCUCUUCAACCUGCUUCUAAAUGCUGCAAAGAGGUUACUGAUUUUGUGGUUGCAAGACCAGAUCCUUUGAUACCCACCAAACAUAAGAAGCACCGAAGAUCCUGUAGAUUCUGGAAGUGGCUUUGUGGACUGCCCUGCUUUAGCUUGUCAUGGAUAUGCUGUUGCUGCCAUUCUCAGUGCUCAUGCCAAGUCAAGUGCCCCCAGUGCCCACGCUGCUCAGACUGUCUAAAAUGUCCACAGUGUCCACGCUGCUUCCAAUGCCCAAAAUGCCCAAAAUGCCCAAAGUGCCCCAGAUGCUGUGAUUGUAACUGUGACUGCGGUUGUCACUGUAACAUAUGUAGCUGCAAAUCCUGUUUCAGCUGUCCGAGGGUCAAGUGUGGGUGGCCACAGUGCUGCUGCUCCUGCGCUUGUCCUUCUCUUCCAUCUUGUUGUUGUAGAAAGAUAUCAUGCAGCUGGAAGUGUUGUAGUUUCCGGUUGCCUUCAUGCCCUGACUGCUCUUCUUGUUGCAGAUGGGGAUGUUCUUGUCCCAAAUGUCCAAAGCCAAAGGUACGCCUAUGUUGCAGUUGUAAACAAUUGUGUUGUAAUCCAUGCUGUCUAUUCUUCUAGCAUCGUAAUGCAAAAGCUCAUAAGGAAGCUCCUCUUCUGUUGCCA